ACGAGCCGUUGCUGGUGGAAACAGCUGGUGGUUUCUGUCAGCGACUCUUCGGGAUUGAGAGCAACGUUACCGCAAAAAAAAAGUUCAAAAUAGACUCGAAACCGACUGAAGGCUCCCUAAUUUGAAUUUUUACCGCUGUCAGAGACCACGCCGGGACAUGUCAUCCCGUAAAAGCCACUUUUAUCAGGCACUUGUUAAUUAACGCUUGAGCCUGUUAGCGCUGAACCAUUGCUGUCGCUCGGUGCACCGGCUGCUAGCGCCAGCUAGCUAACUUUGUACUACCAUAGCAACUACCACAGUUCAGGUUUUCUGGCAUCGCAGAAAAGCUGUCAGCUGUCGGUUUUUAGACACCCUAGGAUUAAGGGGGGGUGGUGGUUUUUUUUGCUGCUUUUCAUCAUGUCUCACAUUCAUUAUAAAUUCUCCUCCAAACUCAGCUACGACACGGUGGUUUUUGAUGGCCAGCGCAUCACGUUGAAUGAGCUGAAGAGGCACAUCAUGGGCAAGGAGAAGCUCCGAGCCGGGGACUGCGACCUGCAGAUCACAAAUGCGCAGACCAAAGAAGAGUACACUGACAGUGAUAGUGUGAUCCCCAGAGGUUCCUCAGUCAUCGUCAGGAGGAUCCCUAUCUCGAGCACCAAGACCCACAACAAUGAGCAAUCAGAGGUCCAGCUUCACCACGCCUUUGGAGCCAGCAGAGCAAUGGAUGACUACAGUUCUAAUAGGGCCUUGUCCUUUUUCUCCAAGAUGCAGAUGGCUAACCUGGUUGAUGCAGAUGUGUCAGAGGAGGAUAAAAUCAAAGCUAUGAUAAAUCAGUCCGCCUACGACUCCAUGAAUGUAAACACAAAGCCCAGCAAUGCCCUUUCUGUGAACUACACCUGUUAUCGCUGUGGAAAUCCAGGACACCACAUCAGGAACUGUCCUGCUAAGGGGCAGGAUAAAAAUAAUGAGGUACCGCUGAGGAUAAAGAAGAGCACCGGCAUCCCACGUUCCUUCAUGGUUGAGGUGGAUGAUCCCAACAUGAAAGGCGCCAAGCUGACCAACUGUGGCCGCUAUGCAAUCCCUGCCAUAGACGCUGUGGCGUACGCUAUUGGCAAGAAAGAGAAACCUCCCUUCCUUCCAAACGAGCAGCCCGAGUCUGAACAUGAGGAUGAUCCCAUACCAAGCGAACUCCUCUGUCUGAUCUGUAACGAACUGCUGACCGAUGCUGUGGUCAUACCCUGCUGUGGAAACAGCUACUGUGAUGAAUGUAUUCGCACUGCCUUGCUGGAAUCAGAGUACCAUAUCUGUCCUAUCUGUGACCAGUCAGAGGUCUCUCCUGACACCUUGAUAGCCAAUAAAUUUCUCAGACAGACUGUCAACAAUUUUAAGAAAGAGCAAGGCUAUGCCAAAAGCGGGAGAUGGAGAUCCGCCACCUCCCAAUCUCAAAAUUUAACUCCAACACCAACGCCUGUCCCUACCCCGCCCCCUCUCCCUAUGCAGAGCCAGCCACAGAAGCCUCAGCAGUCAUCUCACAGCCAGCAGGACUCUCUCCUAGAUGAGCCACAGGCUGCAAACACACCACUGCUGCCUCAGGGGACUGGGGUUCCUCCUGCAACAACAGACCCUGCCUCUGAUAAUGACACAGCAGGCACAUCCCUCCAGCCUCUACAAAGCCAGCUAGAGCUAUGUGAGAACGAGACUGAAGGAAAGACAUGCGAUGACUCUACGAGUGCUUCAUCUGUUAAGUUUUCAAACAAAGACCCGACUGAUGCGCCGUCACAGCCGUUAACUCCGGAUAACCAUACUCUAGUGGCAGAGAAGCCUCAGCCAGUAAAUGUGAGUCAAGAUAAUCAACAGCACGCCUCCUCAGCAGGUCCAACCCCAGUAUACCCUGAACCAUCAGUCAGCUUGGAGAGUUCUUCUUCCUCCUCAGCUUGCCCUUCUGGAGGCAAGACUGAAUCAAACACCCAGCAGCUUUCUACCAUCUCCUCCACAUCAUCCUCUUCUACAUAUUCAACUACUCUACCACCUCUUUUUCCCUCCCCACUUUUUCACACAUACUUAUCAGCUCAACAGUCCCCAAGCACUUACCCUCCUAGAUACCCACCUGCCUCACCCAUCUGGACCCUUCCAGCCCCCCAGGGUGCCCCCAUCCCUUCCCUUUGCUCCUCUACCACUGCCACCACUUCCUCCUCUAUCCCUUGCCUCAUCCCCCAAGAGUGGUACAUGUAUCAGAGAAAGAAAAAGGACAGGUCACCUCAUAGAGCAUCCAACUCCAGACACUCCUCUUCCCAUUCAAAGUCUUCGAGAGCCAAGGCCUCUUGCUCCUACUCUCGCUCUUCAAGUCGCUCUAUAUCUCGCUCUCGCUCUCGCUCCAGAAGUAGAUCAAGGCACCAUUCUCCCUACUCUCAUCACAAAAACCUUCAUACACACUCUCGCCAGCCCUGCUCUUAUUCCUACGGUUACAAGCGCUCAUGCUCUCCUACACCAUCCUCAUCAUCUUCACCUCGAAGGCAUUAUCAAUCCAGGUCCAAGGCUCCUUCAGGCAGAAAGGACCACCAUCACAGCCGCCAUCAUAGCAAGAGAAUAUCUUCAAGCAACAACCACUCCAGGAGGCGGGCAGAACGCUCAGGCAGGGAAGCAGCACACUCAGAGGACAGUGUUUCCAGAAACACGUAUACAAGUCAAAAAAGCACCCUGGAGCUGGACAGAGAGCUGCAGUGGAAGAAGGAGUACAAAGAGUGGUAUGAGAAAUAUUUCAGCAGCUUUAGCCAGUUCCACCAGUUGCCUAUUCCCUUCCACAGUCUUCCUCCUCCUCCACCUCCUCCUCAGUGGGUGAGCACAGAAGGAAGCAGAAAGCAAUCACACAUCAGCUCUGAUUCUUGCUUCCAACCACAAGGUGGACGCCCUGCCGAAAUAGAUGGCUGCUCCCCCUCAUCGGAGUUGUCCAGUGACAGCCGUUCUCCUCCAUCUCAUUCUUCAAGUAGCAGUCGCUCCACGCUGUCUCAGUCAUGCAGUGACAGCAGUUCCUCUCUGUCUUAUAAGGCCAGUGACAGCCGAUCCCCUCCGUCUCAGUCUUCCAGCGAUGGUCGUUCCACACCAUCUGAAGACAGAGCUUUGCUGACAACAUUUCCUGAGAGGCACAGUGAAAAGUCAAGACAUAAACCAGUCACACUUACAAAGAGUAAUGAGAAAAUGAAACCGCAAGGACCGAAUAUAGACAACAAGCAAUUGAAAAAAUUGGAGAACUCUAGUCCCUUGAAACCUGAAGAAAAGGAGAAGAAAUUUGAAGAAAAAAGACAGGAGUCAUCACCCCCUGAUGUUGCAAACUGUACACAUGAGAGCAGAAAGUACAAGAAGAGGCACAACAGUGGAACACAGGCCAGCAAGGAUGGCACUCAAAUACAGGACAAAGCAACCAUCAGCACUGCCUUAGAAACAGACCAACCUGUCCCGAAACAAAACCAACCUUUGGAGAAAGAUUGUGAAAGUAAAUUCAUAGAAAGCAAUUUAGAAAGAGUGGAUAGCUGGAAAAGAAGCAAAAAUUUAUACUCUAAAGAGAGGGAGAGACAGCACAAAGGAAAGCCCAGCAAAGAGCCAGAUGGGAUGGAUAAAGAGCAAGAAGAAAGCCCUGGAGGCAGCAAAACGUCUGACUGUAGAUCAGAGAAGAACAGGAAAAGAAAGGGGGAGGAUCUGGAGAAGAAUAAAAGAGAGAGUAGUCUGCAAAGCAGCAGACAGAUGAAAACUAAAACAGCAGAGGAGCCUGAAAACCAUUUGAGUGAAUUUCUGAAACCACUUGACAGAGAGAAGCAAAAAACAGAGAAGAAAUUGGAGAAGAAAACAUCACCUCUCACAAGGAAAGACAUCUGGGAGGAAGGGAUGAAGGUGAAGCCACAGAAGAAGAUAAGCAUCAACAUCAACCUGGAUGGCAAAAGGAAAGAGGGAAACACUGGAAAACUCAACUUUUCAGAGAAAAUUACAGGGAAAUCACAGGGAAAUAUAAACUACACUGAAAAUAGAGAUGAUGAGGAGGAGAAGGUCAACACACAUGAAGUAAAUGAAAAAGAAUUUAGCAGAAACCAGCGUGGUUGGUCCGAAGACAAACUAAAACAAGGUGAAGGAGAAACAAGACUGACAUGGGACAAAUUUACCUUCAGCGUUGACAAUGGAGAGAUGGGGGAGAAGAUUCCAGGAGAGGAAGAAGAAAACACUGUAGAAAGAAAAGAUGAUAAAGAGGAGGAGGACGUAGACUUAUGGCACUGCGCGCUCACAGGAGUGGAGGAGAGUGUGACGGGAAAAGAGGAAGAAGAGAGGGUGAGAGAUGAUGACAGAGACCGAGAGAUGGGAGCGUCGCAGAAGGAGCAAGAAAACGGGGGAAAAACAUGGAGGGAGGGGCUGAUGGAAAGUGUCAAGAUGAGGAUGAGAGAUGAAGAUACAGUGAUGAUCAGCUCACCAAGGUGCAAUGAGGGCCACCAAGACGCACCUUACCCCAGGCUGGAUGAUGGCAGCACAUCUGUGGUGGGCAGCUGUGAAGGAACAGAGACUCAAGAGAAAAGGACAGAGGUGAAAACGCUGAAGAAAUACACCCAGGACAGAUGGAAGGAGCUGGUACAAAAUCAGGUGCCCCGAUCAAAAUGCGAGACUGAAGAUGAGGGAAAGACCAGAGUUCACACUGACAGUGUUUUUGUGACUCUGCCUCAGCCAUCAGCGACCAACAACAAAGCAGAGGGUGACGAGGACCAACGGAGAGAGAGGCACAGGGAGAAAGAGAGAAAUUCUGCUUGGUCCUGGUCAUACAGAAGUGUGGCUCCCUCUAGUGGCAAAGACAGAGUUGAAACCAACGUGUCUGCAGGCGCAGACAGGGAGAUGAGAAAAGAGAGGCAGAGGCAGAGGAACCAAGAGAGAGGGAGGGAGAGGGAGAGACAACAAGACAGCAAAAGGUCAAAAGAACGAAUAAGAGAGGAAGGGAGUGGGAGAGACAGGGACCAAGAGCGAAAGUGCGUUGCCUCAUCGCCAACUAGAACUGUCCCCACCUCCUCUCAUUUUUACUCCUUCUCAACAUCGCAAGAUGCAGAGAGGAGAGAGCGGCGGCAUGGGGGCAGCCAGGGUAGCAACAAGAGUUCAUCAUGUCCCAGUGGGAAAUUCACCAGUUUCAGAAACAGGGAAAGCAGCACAAUAAGCAGAGCUCCUGAGCUGGCUAAUCAAAAUGCAUAUAAAACACAAAGAGACCUGUCAUUGAAUCUCAAAUAUAAAGAUAAAGACUAUUUCCACUACCACAGUAAUCACCAAGAUCCAUCAUGGAGUGACCGAAAUAAAGACAAAGCUCCAGGGACACACCACUCCCAGCCUUCCCUCUCCCACAGCUAUAGUAAAGGGAGAGACCUGCUCCCCUUUGAAUCUUCUAGAUACCCUCAAAGGGAAUCCCCUAAUGUGGGGUUAAUGCAGGGCAAAAACAGCAAAGUAGGAAAAGGAGAGUGGAAACCAAACAAGGCUGAUAAAUUGGUAAAACACGGCAAAGGAGAGAGAGAAAAUCGAGAGAUGCCAGCUGGGCAGGGAGGAGGUAGUUGGUGGGAGGAUGAGACCAAUGUGGGCGGAGAGGGCAAGCGGGAGGGAGGGAGGGAGCUGGAGGAAGGGGAGAUGCUCAGCAGCCAAAGCAGCAGCGUCGGCUCAUCACCAAGCCAGGGGAACAGCAAAGACGACAAGGGGACAGAAAAAGAGAAAAAACAAACGCGGCAGAAAAAAGAGAAGCGAGAGGCCACCCCGGAGCGGCUGCAGGAAGGAGAGCUGAAGAAACACAAACACAAGAAGUCAAAGAAAAGCAGAGAGGGCACAGACGAGGAGACUGGAGGAGAGGGGGGCGGCAGGUGGAAACCAAAAUAAAACCACUGAGCUCUGCUCGCAUGUGCCACCUAGACUGUGAUGGAAAUAGUUAUAUUUACUUGAAUGAUAUUUUACUUUCUCUGACCAAAAGGUGCCUAGAUUUAUUUUUUGCUUUUGUUUUAUUUUUUGACCCUGAUAGGUUUUGUAUCACUUUAAGAUCUUUGUAAUUAAUUUAUAGCAUUAAUAAUGCUCGUAUAAAAUUGUAAAGAAAUGGCACUUUAUAUAAAAUCUAAGCCUGAAUGUGACUGAAAUCACAUUUCAAACCUUAAAGCUCUUGAAUUAUUUUGAGUUGAAGGAUUUUUGUACUUGUUUACAACUUAGGACUGCCAGCAGUUAUGAUUCAUGACCUGAACCUGCUAUGUUAUAUAGCAUGUAUGAUAGAAAUCUUACAUUUUGAAUAGUCUGUAAUUUGACUUGGCUCGCACAGGGAUGCUGAAAAAAGAUUAAUUUAAAACAGACAGGAUUUAACCUGUGUUGUAUUUUGUUUUUCUCAUUCUUUUUUUUUUUUUUAUAUGUCUAAUAUAAAAACUGCUUGAUA